GCAGAGUGCCCCGAGUGGGGGCAGCGGGGAGAUGUGGCGGAGGAUGUGUGCCCCACUCCUGCGGGGCACCCUCCUCACCAUUUCUGACGCCGCCCAGGCCUUGGGUUUCCGCCCAUCCUGUGAGUGCCUCAGCUGUGGCCAUGCCAGGCCCACUGUCUGGCUGGGCUAUGAAGGGUUUGGUGGACACCAGGACUGCUGGUUCUUCCCCUUCCUUCCUUCCUUCCUUCCCGCCCAUUUGGGUGCUUGUAAACCUUUGUUGGAGGAGCCAGUGGCUAGGGCAGGUCUGGUUUGGGAAGGGCUCAGCAGCCAAUGGGGGAACCCAGCGAAGUGGCCCACCAGGGUGCGCUGGGACCCACCUGGAUCUCUACCCUUAGUCCAAGCUCUUCUAGUCGGUGAGCAUUAUCCAGACCCACCUGGCUAGCCACCGCCCAUCCCGGCACGGAGAGCUUUGGGAUGGGACUUCUCCUCGGACAGGCUGCUUUGUCAGGGAUGCUGGGCAACACACCUGGAGUUAGGGUGGCACCCACCUGCGCACACGCUAAACUAACCCCUUGUGACAGCCCAGCAGUCUCCUUGGACUGGCUCUGGAACUCAACCCCAGCCCUGCACGGGGAGGUUAAAGGGUCUCAGAGGGCCUGCACCUUGCACACCUGGGCUGUAGGGUUCAGGUACAGGAAGGUCCAUGGAGUCCAUCCUCUGUGCUUCUGCUGUGCUGUGGGGCCCACAGGUACAUCCGCCCAAGGCUGCAGCGCAGGGGCCUGGAGCCUGCCUUCUGCAUGGCAGUGACCCACAGUGGGUUCCUGGUGAGGCUGGGGGUGGGGGGAGGUGGAGUGUUACGAGGUGACCCGAGGUUUACUGGAGACCAGGGGCUGAGGUAGGGGCCCAGCUUCCCCUCUUUGUGCUUCUGGGCUGGGCAGCUCCUUGAGCCCUUGGUUUCCCAGCAGAGGCACCUCAAGAAUGUGGGACAGGUGCCCCCAUAGAGAAGGGGCAAAAGCACCGCCCACCUACAAGCCUGGGGGCCGAGGGAGAAGUGGCUGAGCUAGAGAACCUGGGACCUCGUCCUCCCUUACCAGGCAGGGAGGCGUGACCUGCCUUAGGCCAGUGAGAAGGACUAGGCUGUCAGCUCCCAAGCCUGCUGCUGCCCUCUGGUGCCUGCUCUUGGAGCACAUACUUUCCCCGGGGCCCACCAGUCCUGGCUGACUUGGAAGUGGAGGGAGCGAAGCACUCGGUUCCCCUCCUCUCCUUGCCCAGCCCUCCCAGGCCUCAUGGGCUCCGGCUCCCAGUGGGUCAGUGGCACCCAGGGCCCCUGGAUGGGCGCUGACCCUGGAAGGAUGUAGUCAGGGCAGAGGCAGCCUUGGCUUCCCCACCCAGGGGUGCUCCCUCCAAGCCUCCUCCUAAGCCACACCUCUCCACGACCACAGCAGUGGCCUCGGGAGACGGGGGGGCCACCAUUAGUGCCUCCCCAUCUCAGGUACGGCGCACACAAUGGUUAGGGCACACGGGGAGGGAACAGCUGUGUCCUUGUCCCUGGGGAAACACCCUAGAGGUAAAUCACAGCCCUGUCCCUGGGCAGGGCCCAGGAAGGUCCCCAGGGAGCAGGUACGAAGUGUUGCCAUGGGGACUAGGGGAGAGGCUGGCGCGCCUGCAGCCCCCACGUGCGCGGAGCCCCGUUUCCAAGAUGCCCCCUCAGCCCUCAUAGGUCGAGACCCUGGUCUUGACCUGGGGCUGCGUGACUGCGGGGGCCCGCCUGGAGAAUCUGGGGACUCCGGUGGGGCGGGGUGGGGCCGCUGGCUGGGACGCUGCAGGGGCGCCUUGGUCGGCACUGACCGACAGAUGGAGGGAAAGGCGACGCAUUGCUUCCGGCCGGGGCCGGAAGUGCCCGGGGAGUGGCUAUGUGUCCUUGGAGCGCCAGAACCCGCUUCCGGCCUGAGGCCGCCGCAGUCCUCGGGGGUGCCGGCAGGUGGCGCUGGGCCCCGGGAACCCAGCACUGGCCGCUGGCUUUCAAGCAUUCUGGGAGCUGCAUCCGGCUGCCUCCCUCCCUUUUCUCCUUAGCCAUUUCCGGUUUUUUUUUUUUUUUUUUUUUCAAAUAAGCCCUGGGGCCUCCGGGCUAUCUUAAGCCAGCCCCUAGUGCAGGGGAGUGGCGAUCUGGCUGAGACACAGGCCCGCACAGGCCUACAUGUCCCGGCAGGCCUCGGGAGCAGGGACCCAGUGCCUCGUGGGAGUUGUAGUUCUCUGCAUGCAGAGGCGGCGGCCCCUGGCCGGCGGAGGACUCGGUUUCCCAGAGGGCCGAGCGCGGCGUCCCGGCAGGCGGCGCGACCAAGAUGGAGGCAUCCGGGCAACGGUGAGCUGUCGUCCCUUCCCAGAGGAGCCCCGCCGCACAGAAAUCGCGUCUCGCUUGCGUCUGACCCCAUGGAGAGCACGCAGAGCCGCCCCUGUCUGUCGGUCCCCCUCCUCAGCGGGUGCACAAACCACGGCUUACCCUGCGCCAGGGAAGCUUGGUGGAGAGAAGCUGCUGGUAGCUGCCUGCGGGCGGUGCUGAAGGGUGAGACUGGGCCGUCCUCAGCCUGGGAACCAGCCCCAGGGCUCCCAGUCACACCCAACAAGGGUUGCUGCCUGUAACAUUUCUCUGAUGCACUUGAAAGGUUGCGGAGGGGCGGAGUGUUACAGGAGAAAUGCCCAUUGGAGGUGGCUGCUGGUCUGCUGAAGGCUUGCCUCUACCCAGCAAAGCUACUUGAGAUCAUGAACACACCAGUUCCCUGAGAGCCAGAUCCUUAGGAUGCCUGGGACAACACCCAUAAACAGGAGCCAGGAGGGCAUGCCAGCCUCUGUGGAGUAGUUUCCACAUGCCAGGUGCUGUGUUAGGCAGCUCACAGACAAGAGCAGCAUAGACGGAGCAGAGGCUGCUCUGGGUCCUGGGGUUCAGAUCCUGGCUGGGCUGCUGACUGGUGAAGUCCCCAAGCAGGCCACCUGUGGCUCGGGGUCGCAGUCUGCAGCCAGGAGUUAGGACUGACUUCAGGGGACAUGGGGAUUGAGUGUGCUAAGGUGUUGUGGGCACCUGCUCCAGGUGUGUGAACCAAAACACCCCUCCCUAGGAACUGGGCGCCAUUCCACACCUUCUUCUCCGGACUGAUGGGUGAAUCUCUCCUCAACCCUCACCCAGCUACAGCUGAGCAGCUGGCCAAACAGGGCUGUGUGGGGAGAGGCAUCUGCUGCGGAGACGACCACGCCUCUGCUGAGAGGACCUGCACCAGGGCUCUACCUGCCUGGCCACCCAACCAGUUCGCCAGUGUCAGCCACAGGCACCAGGAAACAAGGGAGGUGUGGUGUGGCCCUCAGGACAGAUGGCUGAGGCAGGGGUGGGUGAGGCCGAAGGCAAGGCGGAGAAGGGGACAGAGUUGGACACCAUGCCUUCUGACACGGUCUCCCUCAGCGACUCCGACUCGGACCUCAGUCUGCCUGGCAGUGCUGAGGUGGAAGCACUGUCCCCAGAGGGCCUGCAUGGCGAGGCCGAGGGGGAUUCAGGCCCCGAUGAGCCCCCCUCGCCCCCAGCGGGCCUGCCCAGAGCCGCUGUCCAGCCUUUCCACCUAAAAGGCAUGAGCUCCACCUUCACCCAGCGCAGCCAUGACAUCUUUGACUGUCUGGAGGGGGUGGCCCACACUGGCAGGGGUGACAGUGGGAGCUUCAAGCGGCCCCUGGCACCCCCAGGCCAGUCUCCAAUGGAGGGCCCAGGCAGAGGUGACAGUGGGAGCUUCAUGCGGUCCCUGGCACCCCCAGGCCAACCUCCAAUGGAAGACCCGGGCAGGGCCAUUCAGAGCCCUGGCCCUCCAAGGGUGCCUUCCGUCCCUGAUUACGUGACCCACCCUGAGCGUUGGACCAAGUACAGCCUGGAGGAUGUGGCUGAGGGCAGUGAGCAGAGUAACCGAGCCACAGCCCUGGCCUUCCUGGGCUCCCGGAACCUGGCUGAGUCCCUUGACUAUGCACCGUCCUUCAACCAGGACCCCUCCAGCUGUGGGGAGGGAAGGAUCAUUUUCUCCAAACCAGGCCGAGCCGGAGAAGCCAGGCCUGAGAGGAACCGGGUCCUGAGAAAGGCGGGAGUGCCAAGUGCAGCUGAGGACACUGUGAAGCUGGCCCAUUUGGCUGUGAGCCCAGAGACUGAGGAGAGCAGCCCCUGGGGGGGCCUGCAGGAGGUAGGGAGGCCUGGGGGAGCCCCCAUGCUGGUGGAGACUGUUGGCUUCCAUGGCAGCAGGAAGCGGAGGAGAGACCACUUCCGGAACAAAGACAGCAGUCCCGAGGGCCCAGGGGCCGAGGUCUGAGGAGAAACUGCUCUCCAGGGCCUGGCCUUCCAAGCUACUGACCACAGAGUGGCAGACAGGGCACUGCCCAGGCCGGGGCAGCCAGCCAGCCCAACCCCAAGGCCAACCCACCUGGUGCCUGGUCCUUGGAGGGAAAUUGCUGCUCGGGCAGCUCCCUGGGUCAGGGUGGUGGAGGGGUGGAAUGGACAGCCCUUGGAAGGAAGCCUGGUGGGCACGGCCUGGAGGGGGCACCAGCAGCCCCUGCUGGGCCCUGGGUUUUGAGGCCCCCUUCCCUGGGGAGCCCUGCUGUGACUGCCCCAUGGAGGACAGUAAAGAUUUUGGGCGUUCA